UUGGAAUACAGCUAACAAAUUAAAACACGAAUGAACAGGUGUGAUGGAGCUGUCUGGCCUUGAGAUGAGUACAGCUAAUUUCAGCAAUGAAGACAGCGUCAAUAUGCAGUAUGUUGACAUGGACUUCACUUGUAAUACUCCUCCUGUCAGCACGUCAUCCCACCAGGGGCCAGGUGGUGCUGAGCAGCAGACUAUGCGAGUUUACCUCCGAGUCAGGCCCUUCUCUAAAGAGGAGCUAGCUGACAAUGAGGAUCAGGAUUGUGUAGUGAUUGAAAACAGCCAAAUGGUGACUCUGAACGCACCAAAGGGUUCUGUCACCAUGAAGAGCAGUGAGAAGGGCAUCUGCACGUCUCUUCACAAAUUCUCCUUCUCACAGAUUUUUGGACCAGACAAGACCCAGUCGGAGCUAUUUGAGGACACUGUCAAAAGCCAAAUGUGGGAUUUCCUGGAAGGGAAGAAUGCACUAAUUUUCAGCUAUGGUGUAACCAACGCUGGGAAAACCUACACAAUCCAAGGCACUCCAAAAGAGCCGGGGAUACUCCCUCGGGUGCUGGAUGCCACCUUCCACUACAUUGGAAGCCAUGUGUAUGAGGGGAUGGACCUGAAACCCUACCACAGAAAUGAUGCCCAACAUCUGGAUCCUGACCAAGUCAGGCAGGAGCGAAGUGCUAAAGCUGCCAUUUUUGGUUCAGUCAAAGAAGAAUGUGAUCCUCCCCGAGCCAGUGGUGGUUUAGAGUCCUCAUCCUCUUUGUUCUACGAUCAAAGCGUGUUGGCGGGUAACCAAACGGAAGCAGGCAGCAGCCAGUUUGCAUUGUGGGUGGCAUUCUUUGAAAUCUACAAUGAGCAUGUAUAUGAUCUGCUUCAACCUUCCCUUUGCUCCAAGCCCAAGAAACGCGCUGCUCUUCGAGUGUGUGACGAUGGUGCUGGAAACGCUUAUGUAAAAGAUCUGAGGUGGACUAACAUCCAGACCAUGGGCGAAGCCUCCAAACUACUACAGUUUGGAAACAGAAACAGAAGUGCUGCAGCCACGAAGAUGAACCAGUCGUCCAGCAGAAGCCACAGCAUCUUUACCAUGAAGUUACUUAAGAUUGAUGGCAGUACAGUUAAAAGGAUCUCAGAGUUUUCUCUGUGUGACCUGGCUGGCUCCGAAAGAUGCAACAAAACCAAGACAUUUGGGGAGAGGCUGAAGGAGGCAGCAAACAUAAACAACUCUCUGCUCACUUUGGGGAAGUGCAUCAGUGCCCUUCGCAACAAUCAGACCGACGGAAUGAAGAGCAGCUACAUUCCUUUCAGAGAGAGUAAGCUCACCAAGCUCUUCCAGGCUGUUUUCUGUGGGAAAGGAAGUGCGUCGAUGAUUGUCAACAUUAACCAGUGCGCGUCCACCUACGACGAGACUCUCCACGUUAUGAAAUUCUCCGCUGUUGCCAAACAGGUGGUGCAGGUUAUUCCAGUUCAGCCUGUGGAGGCUCUGGCUCCUUGUCUGGUUGGCCAUGAUGGCAAGCCUCUGGUGAGGAAUGGGCGGAUUGACAGCCAGGACUUGGAGGGCUGCCUGUCUGAGGAUGAGGAAGACGAGGCGGACAUGUCUCUGCUGCCACAAAAUGAGCUCGUAAAUGUGAUUGAGAGUCUGCGAACAAAACUCCUGGCUGAGAGGAGAAGACGCCUUGUUCAGGAAAUGGAGAUUCGGAAGGAAAUGGGAAAUGCCAUGUUCCAGCAGCUCAUGGAGGGUGAAGAACUCCGCAUUCGACAGGUAGAAGAGCUGAAGGAGAGCUACCAAGAAAAGCUGGAGAAUACUUUUGAGAUGUACAAGGAUGCUUUCAAAGAGCAUGCCUACCAGAGUGCUAUGAACAACCUGGAAGACGACUACGUACCGCUGGACGAGUUCCUGGCUGAACAGGAGAGAGUGGAGGCGCUGAAUCGUAAAGUGUCAGAGUUGGAGACCUUAAUGUCCAGUGUAGACGGAGGAGUGUGUGCCCGUCCAACAGUGGACCGGUCGUGCCAGACUCGCGCGACAGAAGGUUGGCACGAUGAACAAUGCAAACAGCUUUACAAAGAAAAAUGUGCCUUAGAGAGGAUAUGUGAGGAUAAACAACAGUUGAUUUCGUCCCUAGAGACGAGGCUGAUGGAGGUUAGUAAAACACUUGAGAAGAUCAGAGAUGGCUUCCUGGAGAAAUCAGCUGAUCUGGAGCUUUUACAGAGACAGGGCGAUAAUCAGACAAAAUCCAUGGAUGACCUCAUACGGCGGAGCGUUGAGAAGGACGGGGAGAUUGACUCUCUAAAGGCAGAAGUUGCCAAGCUCUCCCAGAAGUCCCCUGUGAAGCCCAAAACCAAGCGAGGUCUGCUCGCCAACCUCAGGGAGGCUGUGACUUCUCCACGGAAGAGUUCAGCCGGCCGAACGCUCAGGAAAACCGUUCGGCCGGUACACCACUGACGAGCCCAGCGUCUGGGCUGAAGGACAGGGACUCAUUCUGGUUUU